AUGAAGUGUAUUGUAAUCAUCGUUCUAUCUUGUGCUGUAGCACUAAAUGCUCAACCAUUUGGCGUAGGUCUAGGAAGACUAGGCUUGGGAGGUGUAGGCUUAGGGUCUGGCCUUGGCCUGGGUAGGCUAGGUGGUCUAGGCAUGGGGGGUAUAGGUCUAGGUGGUCUCGGCAUGGGAGGGAUGGGCCUAGGUGGUCUCGGUAUGGGUGGAAUGGGUGGUGGUUACGCCAGCGGUGGCGGAUAUGGCGGUGCUGGUUAUGGCAGUGGCGCAAGUGGUGUCGGAAGCCAAGGCUACCAGAAUGCCGGAGCGGGUGGCUUUCACAACGUUGGUGCUCAUCACAAUAAAGUUACAUCCAUAAACCAAGCUGAAAACUCCGGGUUUCAUAACAUCGGCGGUGGAUCAGCGAUGAACAAUGGCGGUUAUGGUACAAAUGGUUUCAACGGAUUUCAGAACGGUGGUUCCCAAUUCGGAAAUGGUUUUGGAUCCGGUAGCCAAGGAAUGAUGAUAUAA